AUGCAGCAAAGUAUUCAGACACGGCCGGGUGGUGUACAACCUGCAACCCACAAACUCCCUCAGCAGCAGAGCGCGCAGCUCAGCGUGCGCCCUCGGCCCGUCGAGGUCCGGUGCCAUCCCGACUCCAUUGAGGUGGUGGUGCAGGCUGACAUGUUUGAUACAGGCCUCCGGGUGGACGGAAGGUAUCUGCGGUUGGGCACGGAACCGGUGAACUGGGGGAGUGAAUGCGCAGCUGUGUCGUCAGGAGAGGCAGAGUUCACCAUCCAGGCCCAGCUGAUGGACUGUGGGACCAAACUCUCUUCGACAGAGGAGAAGAUAAUCUAUUCUAAUGUUCUGGUCUACUCACCUGAACUUUCGUCUAAUGAUUUGCUUAGACUGGAUGGAGCCUCUGUUCCGAUUGAAUGCCAUUAUGAAAAGAAGUACUCCGUGGAUGGCGUGUCCCUGCAUCCCACCUGGAUUCCUUUUGUCUCCAGGACAGCAGCAGACAAUCAGAUAGACUUCAGUCUGCUGCUCAUGACUGAUGAUUGGCAGUUUGAGAGGGGAUCUCCUACGUACUUCCUGGGUGACCCCAUUCAUUUCGAAGUCUCGGCCAUUCUUGGUAACCACAUGCCCCUGCGAGUGUUUGUUGACCGUUGUGUUGCCACAGCAACUCCUGAUGCAGAGGCAGCUGUAAGAUACGACUUCAUUGAGCAUCAUGGAUGUCUUGCUGAUGCUUACCUGACCAACUCCAACUCGCGCUUCCUGCCAAGAGUUGAGGAGCACAAGCUGAGAUUCCAGCUUGAAGCCUUCAGGUUCUAUGAAGAACCCAGCAAUAAGGUCUAUAUAACCUGCUACGUGAAGGCCGUCCCAGUCAAGGUGGCUGUCAGCUCCCAUAACAGAGCCUGCUCUUUGAUUGACAACAGAUGGCGGUCGAUCGAUGGGAACGACCAGGCCUGCAGAAGCUGUGAUGUCUCCCAUCGGAAUGAGGAGCCUCCGUCCACGCCUCCUCCUACAACUACCAGGAGCACCAGAGCAUGGCCAACCACCGCUGCCCGGGAAAGUUUAGAUCAGAACGGAGCCGAACAUCUUCCAGCCACGUACAUCCGUUUCCGUCCGGGAAUGCACCAGAGCCGACUGGGUAAAUUAAUAAAGAGAGGAGCGGACCACGAAGCAGAUCAAAUUGUCCAACUGGGUCCCCUUACUGUGCUGCCCUCCGGUAAACUUCUCACAAGGACAGACGUUUCCAAAAAAUUACUUUCUCCAAAGAACAAGACGUCCUUAUCCUGGAAUAAGGUGACUGGAGAGUGGCGAGGAUAGAAAAAAUAGAAAACCUCACUGCUGCCACAUACAGAACAAACACGUUUUGGACACAAUAGACAACCCUGUGAAUGCAGAGAUUAACCUCGUCAUUCAAAUCCCAUCUCACCUGAAAUAAGUGUUUUUUCCCAUUAACAUUGUCAACCAUCUUCAAUGGAACAAUAUUAAUCAUUUUCCAUUCACUCCAAAAUAAAUUUGUCGCGGUUUAGUUCUUGCAUUUUCUGUACAAAUGGCAAAUCUCUCUUCCAGUAAAUAUUUUACUACAUUAAAC